AAUUGUCCUUUACCAAAUCACACCCGCCGCGACCGCCGCCACCUGUUCUUGUUUUUUGCUCAGGUACGACGGACCAACAGUGCUUAUAUAUAUGAAGUUAAUUUGGUGACUGCACUUUUGGCGACUACUAUUCGAGCUAUUUGAAUGGAACUGGGAGCUUGUUUUAGGGGUUUGAAUUUCAAUCGAACGACGCCGUACUGCAUCGCAGCACACCAACAUUCGAUUAAAUGUUGGCGUCCUUGUAAUAAUAAUGCUUCAAGCGCUUCGUUUCAAGCUCGUAGAAGUUGUUGUACUGCCACUGUUAAAGAGACCAAUAGCAGCACUGUUGCCGUAGAAAAGGUAAAAGCUAUGUCUCCUGAUUAUUCUUGGGAUGCGGAGCUCUCAUGUUUAACUGCUCUAUGUCCACUGGAUGGUCGUUAUUGGGCUAAAGUCAAGGAAUUGUCUCCAUUUAUGAGUGAGUUUGGCCUAAUUAGGUUUCGAGUUUUAGUCGAGAUUAAGUGGUUGAUAAAGUUGUCCCAAAUUCCUGACGUUCCUGAAGUCCCAAGGUUCUCUGAAGAAGCAGAAUCCUUUUUGCAAGAAUUGAUCGACGGAUUUAGCUUGGAUGAUGCCUUGGAAAUUAAGAAUAUUGAGAAAGUGACUAACCAUGAUGUGAAAGCAGUGGAAUAUUUCUUGAAACAAAGAUGUCAAUCACAUCUAGAGACAGCUAAGGUACUCGAGUUUUUCCAUUUUGCUUGCACUUCUGAAGACAUCAACAAUCUGGCCCAUGCAUUGAUGCUCAAAGAAGUCUUAAAUGAAGUCUUACUACCAGUCAUGGACAAGCUGAUUACUGCAAUAGCUAACAUGGCCACUGCAAAUGCUCACAUUCCAAUGCUUUCUCGAACUCAUGGACAGCCAGCUUCACCUACUACUUUGGGGAAGGAAAUGGCAAUAUUUGCAUAUAGGUUAAGUCAAGAAAGGAGGAAUAUAUCUCAAAUUGAGGUUUUAGGGAAGUUCGCUGGUGCAGUUGGAAACUACAAUGCACAUCUAGCUGCUUAUCCAAACAUUAAUUGGCCACAAGUUGCAGAGGAGUUUGUAACUUCGCUUGGAAUAAGUUUCAAUCCUUAUGUGCCUCAGAUUGAACCUCAUGAUUAUAUGGCCAAACUUUUCCAUUCCAUCAUCCAGUUCAACAAUGUCUUACUGGACUUCAACAGAGACAUGUGGGGAUACAUUUCUUUGGGUUACUUCAAGCAGCAGAUAACUAAGGCUGGUGAGAUUGGGUCCUCAACAAUGCCUCACAAAGUUAAUCCAAUUGAUUUUGAAAAUAGUGAGGGCAAUCUUGGGAUAGCAAAUGGAAUAUCAUCUCAUUUAAGCACAAAAUUGCCUGUUUCGCGCUGGCAGCGAGACUUGACUGAUUCAACUGUUUUGAGGAACAUGGGUGUAGGAUUAGGACAUUCUCUUCUUGCUUAUAAAAGUGCAUUACAGGGAAUUGCUAAACUUCAGGUUAACGAAGCUUCUUUGAUCGAAGACCUGGACCAGACAUGGGAGGUUCUUGCCGAGCCAAUACAAACUGUGAUGCGAAGAUAUGGUGUCCCAGAGCCAUAUGAGAAAUUGAAGGAGCUAACUAGGGGAAGAGCUGUAACGAAAGAAAGCAUAAGAGAAUUCAUUGAAGGACUGGAUAUACCAUUUGAGGCUAAGAAAGUUCUGUUAAAUUUAACACCCCAUACUUAUGUUGGGGCAGCUGUUGAGCUGGCCAAGAACGUCGAAGCAGCAGUGAGUUUAGCCUAUGGGGAUAAGAACUUGAAUCAAAUUUAAAGAUUUGUGCAAAAAGUUUAGUGGUAUUAUGCUAAGACUUCAUUUGUAAACCUAUAUGGCAUGUUUGUUGUGUACUAUGGGAAUAACUGACCUUGUGGUGGCAAUGUUUUUAACUUUCUCCGAUCUCUAGUCGAGUAUUGUCCUGACAUGCCAAUAAGGUUCAGCAUUGAGCGUAUAAUGCAUGAAAAAUGCUGCUGCAUUUUUUAGCAGAAGGGAAGAAAGCUGUUUUAUUUUUUUCGUAUCAAUAAUUUGUAAGCACGUAUUUUUACUCGUGUUACUACCAUAUCUUGUAAUGAAAUUUUGACUAUUCCAAUUAAUUGCCUUGGAUUAUAAAAUUUCUGUUUUGCA